CUGGGAUAAUUGUGUUAAAAGCCGAGCUGAAGUCCACGAACAGAACCCUUGCAUAAUCCACAAACAGAACCCUUGCAUAAUCCACAAACAGAACUCUUGCAUAAUCCACAAACAGAACUCUUGCAUUGGUGCCUGAACCGUUGAGAUGCUUUAGUAUGAAGGGCAUGGCCAGGCAAACUGUUGCCAGCAGAGGUGUUGCCUCUGUACACAAACUGCAGGAGUCCAGUACAGAGACUGAAGGAGAGCUGUAGUGUGACAGUCGCAAGAUGCGCACAUGAACGAAUCCCUGACUGCACUUGCAGGAUAACUGAUAAAGGGACAGAUGAGGCUGUUCCUUUCUAACUGGUGCUGCUGUUUAAGGUGUCCACAUUUGCUACGCACCACCCUGUGGUUAUCAGCACCUGGACGCCGAUUUCCUCCGUCGUCUCGGCGUACCAUCCAGCUCCUCUUCCGCUGCCGCACGCAGAUGAACACACACGUGCGAGUUCCAUGCGCAAGUCGGAUGCCGCGAAGCAGGCUGGAGCUCCCACCACCGCAUUCGCCCGCUCUCGCGGGCUGUGCCAAUCUCGCCUCGCAGAAGUACUGCUUAAUUUACGCAUUUCCUGCCAUCAAAGGGCUGCGGGUGCUGUCCCGGCUCAAGAUAAUUCAGACGGGCAUCACAGUUGUUAUCCUGCCCGCCGUGGGUUAUUUUUACCUGCAGGGACAGGUUUCACUCACUCUGCUCAGCUAUGCCACGGGCGUAGCUGCGUUUGCCGCUAUAAUGCUGUGUGUGAUGAGUUACUACAUCAGGCGUGUGGUCGGGAUGAUGUACCUGGACCACACACACACCACCCUAAAGGUGUCCCACCUCUCUUUCUGGGGACACAGGAGGGACGUGUACCUUCCCGUGUCUGACGUCAUGACUCUGGGAGAUACAGGGGACUCCCUGGGCGAAACCGUCCUGCGGCUGAAGCGUUACAGCAGCUCUGACGUGCUCUAUUUCUCCACCAGGCUGGGCCGAGUGGUUGAUGAGCGUGGCUUUGAGAAAGUGUUCGGGAUUUUGUCGUGAUAGCCUUGUUUUGGGUUUUUGUUUUUUUUAGUAUUCUGUUUGGCAUUUAAUCAAAACUUUAAAUGAUAUUAUGUAUAGAGUAUUAUGCUCUCCUAUUUGGAUGUGUUAAAUUGUUUUUUACAGUCAAAAACAGUCAAAAAGCAUUUUACUCACAGUCAGUGUGGAACAGCUUGAGCUCAGAUUAACCCGCACAUAUUAAAAACAAAAGAAGCAA